CGCUAAAUAGUGAUGAGAAACAACUUAAAAUAUGUCUAUGAGUUUUUCCGAUCCGUAAAAGAGUUCUCUUUUUCAAAUAAUAAAAAAUCAACCAGCCUCAGAAUUAUUUUUGUAGGCCGUCACCUGUCACCUUGAGAGACCAAGAGAUCAGUGGUGGUGCUGUAACCAUCGAUCAUGGCGACUCGGAGGGUCGGCUCGCUUUUGAAUCGUUCCUUCACUUCUGCUUCUAUGUUUUCCAAAGGGAGGUCUUCUUCUGUGGUUAGAGGAAUUGGUAAAUAUAGCACCGAUGCUUCCAUUGAGUCACCAAUCUCUCCAUCCGUCAAAGUAAAUUAUACCCAGCUUCUAAUUAAUGGACAAUUUGUAGAUUCUGCAUCAGGGAAAACUUUUCCCACAUUGGACCCCCGGACUGGUGAAGUGAUUGCUCAUGUCGCUGAAGGCGAUGCUGAAGAUGUAAACCGCGCAGUUUCUGCUGCCCGCAAGGCAUUUGAUGAAGGACCGUGGCCUAAGAUGACAGCUUAUGAAAGAUCACAAGUCCUUCUCCGCUUUGCUGAUUUGAUUGAAAAGCACAAUGAUGAAAUUGCAGCCCUUGAGACUUGGGAUAAUGGGAAGCCAUUUGAACAGUCUGCUAAAAUUGAAGUACCAAUGGUAGUUCGGUUUUUUCGUUACUAUGCUGGAUUUGCGGACAAGAUUCAUGGUCUCACGGUUCCAGCUGAUGGAGAGUAUCAUGUGCAAACCUUGCAUGAACCUAUCGGUGUUGCAGGUCAGAUUAUACCAUGGAAUUUCCCUCUUCUCAUGUUUGCUUGGAAGGUUGCGCCUGCUUUAGCAUGCGGCAACACCAUUGUUUUGAAGUCCUCAGAGCAGACACCAUUGUCUGCUCUAUAUGCAGCAACUCUGUUGCAAGAGGCCGGACUUCCUCCAGGUGUUUUGAAUGUGGUUAGUGGUUUUGGUCCAACUGUUGGUGCAUCCCUUGCUAGUCAUAUGGACGUUGAUAAGUUUGCGUUUACUGGAUCAACUGACACCGGUAAAAAAAUACUUGAAUUGGCUGCCAAAAGCAAUCUUAAGAACGUAACUUUGGAGCUUGGCGGGAAAUCCCCGUUCAUUGUAUGUGAGGAUGCUGAUGUAGAUAAGGCUGUUGAGAUGGCACAUUUCGCUCUAUUCUUUAAUCAGGGUCAAUGCUGCUGCUCUGGUUCUCGUACUUUUGUACAUGAAAAAGUAUAUGAUGAGUUCUUAGAGAAAGCAAAAGCCCGUGCUGAGAGACGCCUUGUUGGAGACCCGUUCAAAGGGGGCAUUGAGCAAGGUCCUCAGAUCGAUUCGGUCCAAUUUGAGAAGAUCCUGAAGUACAUAGAUUACGGUGUUAAAGCUGGAGCUAAACUGGAAACCGGAGGAGAGAGGGUUGGCACAAAGGGUUUCUAUAUUAAGCCCACCGUAUUCUCAGAUGUUCAGGAUGACAUGUCAAUAGCUUCCGAAGAGAUAUUUGGUCCGGUGCAGACCAUCUUGAAGUACAAGGAUCUGAAUGAGGUGAUACGAAGAGCAAAUAACUCUCGCUAUGGACUUGCUGCAGGGGUCUUUACACAAAACAUAGACACUGCAAACACAUUGACUCGAGCAUUGCGCGUCGGUAGUGUAUUUAUAAACUGCUACUAUGUCUUUGAUGCCUCUAUUCCUUUUGGAGGGUACAAGAUGAGUGGAAUCGGAAGAGAGAAAGGCAUUUACGGUCUUUCCAAUUACUUGCAAGUCAAGGCUGUUGUCACCCCCCUGAAGAAUCCUGCAUGGCUAUGAACUUCAUAAGCUUUUUUUGUCCUUGCCAAAAAUAAGUGGAGAACUGCAUCAAAAUAAGUGGCUGUGAUGUCAUGAUGGCAUUAGGGUGGUGAUGAUGAUGAUGAUAAAAACUUUUGUUUCUUUGUGAUGAACUCUAGAAACGUUUCUGUGUAAUUAAUUGUUGGUUAAGUUGAUCAGUAUUUUAGUGGUUGGUCUAAUGGCAAAUCAACUUUCUAUGGUUUGUUGGUGCAUCAUUUUCUCCUUUUCAAAUCACAAAUCAAGACUCAGUUUACAUGA